AUGGAUACGGAGGACGAAGACGACAAAGAAUACGCCGACGACGAGGAUGAAGAGGACGACGAGGAUUAUUACUACGACGACGAGGACGAAGAGGAGGAGGAGGGAGAAGGGGAGGAAGGGGGCGACUGGAGGGCUCUCCGGAGGAAGCAGCGCUCCCUCUCUCGGACCAAAGCCAAGGUCGACCGCGGGCUCUCCGCGGAAGCCGAAUUGAGGCCUGGCUCGGAGGCGUCGGAGCAGAAACUCCCCGAGGAAGCAGAGCCGCCCGCCUCCACGGGCCCCCCGCAUUUGGCCUGGAGCCCCGAGGAAGUGGCCGCCUGGAUUGCAGACAAGGGCUUCCCCCAGUACAAGGAGUGCUUUACUGAAAAUUUCAUUUCUGGUCGCAAACUAAUCUAUGUGAAUUGCUCAAAUCUUCCACAGAUUGGGAUAACCGAUUUUGAAGAUAUGAAGGAAGUGUCACGGCAUGUGCGAGAAUUGCUGAAAAUAGAGGAGCCUCUUUUUGUCAGAAGCAUCGCUCUCCCACCCAGAGAUAAUGUGGGUUUGUUUCUAGAACAAAAAUCUCGAACUGGACCGCGAAGUGAUGCCCUUACCUAUUCUCAAUUUAUUCUGAAUGAAGGGUUACUUGAUUAUGAGCCAAAGCCUCCAACUCCACAGCCUUCAGCAUCACAAUGUGAAGGUUUGGAGCUUGAAAGUCUACAGGUCACACGGUGUGAAGUAUUGGAGCUUGAAAGACCACAACAAGUAUCAUAAUGUGAAGGUUUGGAACUUGAAAGUUCACAAAAAGUAUCACAACGUGAGGGUUUGGAGUUUGAAAAUCUACAACAAUAUAAUUCAGUUCCCUUGCAAUAAAAAUAUAUUGUUUUUUCAUGUGUCAAAACCUGCACUUCCAUUUCCUGUGGUUCCCUCUCACUGAGCAUCCAGUUGAACCGGAGUUGUUAUCUAGUGAUGUCUUUUAAACAAAGCAAACCUUCUAUCACUUUAAAAGUUCAUUUUUAUCUGCAUAAUUCAAAUUCAGCAGUUGUUAUUUUAUUUAUUCCUGAUCUUUUCCCCAUGGUUGAACUUCAAUAUGAUUUGUUUUUGCAAGAAGUUCUAUAAGUCAUUAAGGUUUAUUAGGUUAAAUUGGGCAUCUAGAAACAGGAGCUAAUGAUGCUAUAUGUGUGGCUGCAGCCAAAGUCAUUGGUUCAUUGGCCAAAAAGAUAUUGAGUACUUUUGGCCAGUGGUCUAACUUUGCCCUUCCUCACUUUUCCCCUGUGGAAGAGGAUCAAAGGUAGCUAUAUUUGGAUGAUGAUGUUGCUGAUUGGUUGCACAUCGGGAUUUAUGCACUUAUAAUUAUUGUGAUUGGAGAUGGCACUUUAAUAGGAUCUUCACUGAUAUCUUCAGCAAAAUAUUGCAAUUAAUAUUCCUCUCCCACCUAGUUUUUAGGAGGUGGUGUUAAGGAUAUAUCUACACUGCAGUUUUACACCACUUCAACUGCCAUGGCUGAAUGCUGUAGAAUCAUAGGAAUUGUAGUUUGGUGAGGCACCAGCACUACUUGGCAGAGAAGACUAAGAAUCUUUUAAAAGUACAGCUCCCAUGAUUCAACAGCAUUGAGCCAUGGCAGUUAGAAUGUAGACGAGGCAUGGGAAUUGUGGGAGUUGAAGUCCAAAACACCUGGAGGGCCAAAGUUUGCCCAUGCCUGAUGUAGACAAACUGCAUUCAUUCUACAGUGGAUGCACCGUAAGAGGAAUGCAGUUACAGCCUCUGCAGACCAAUGCAGUUGGACUCACUGCAUGUGAGGUAGAUGUUAAUCAUACUUUCUUUUUUUGAUGGUUAUGCAGCUAGUGUAAUAAUAUUUAUUUCUCCUAACUUUUUAAUAUUCUUUUGUGAGCUGACCCACAUCUCUGCAAUAAUAUUUGAUUACAUUUUCCAUAAUAUAAAGAUAAAUCUAAUUGCCCCCUUUAAAAAAAAACCAAUUAUGUGGUUCAUUUUGUUGGAAUUUCUUUCUGCUCAGCAUCUGUUGCUCCUGGUAUUUUAUUGCACAAUACACUCCUCUUGGUUUUGAUUGAAAAUUGCUGUUGGGUUGCUACUCUGCACAUAAUAAAAUGGGGCUUGCUGAUAAUUAUUCCCAAAUAAUGAUUUGACUGUAAUAUUUUUAGAAAUAAAUAUAUUUGUAGUACUGAAAAACAAAAUGCUUGCUGCUUCUGGAGAUUUGGAUAAAAAAGAUUUAAGUCUCUUCAGAAUCAGUACUUGAUGUCUCUACUACUUUGCUUUUACAAGUUGCAGCAAAUCCCCAGGUCAAAGAUUUGGUGGGAUUUAGCAGGAGAGCUGAAAGAGAAGGCUUUUUGAAGGGAACAGCCAUGGAAUCUUCAUUAGUUUUGGAGAAUCUGACUGCCAGUAUGUUACAAUACAAUGAAGCAAUGUUGUCCUGAAAAAAUUUAUCUGUUGCAAGAAGGUGCCCAAAAGGUGAUUCUUUUAGCUGAACAGUUGUCAAGUCAAACCAAGGGAAGGAACUAUGAGUAAAAAAAAAAGGCUACUGUUACUGGAUUUCUUAAGCUGUACCAUACAAUUGUUUCUAUUAUUGUCAUUUUCAGUUACAGAAGUAUUAAAUGUGGAAGUAGCAGUUAACCAGAUAAUUUCUUUUUCCAUUUAAGUGCCAUUCUUAAUGGUGAAAGCUAUCCCCCAAAAAUAUAAAAUAGGUAUAUUAUCCUCUUGACUUAUUUACAUUAUUUUUUAUACAGCAACAAGGGCAUUCAGCAUAACCAUACUACUAAACACUUAUUCCCAUGUUGCCUGCUUGCUCUCUUCCCCACAAUACCCAUUGUUAAAUGAAAUGAUAAGCAUAUAUUAACAUAUAUCGUUUCAUGUCUGUUUGGGCCAAAAAUUUCUAAACGGGAGAACAUAAAGACCUCAGGGCCAUUUCAAACAUUACUUUUUUUGAAAUUUCCAGGAAGAGUUGAUGGAAGGGGUGUAGUGUUUGUAGAUUGCUCGUUUAAUAAAUAGUUCCAAUUACAUAGGAAAUUUCCAUAUUAUUACUGCUAAUAUUUAGUAACCAAGACAAUGCUAACAACAUCUAACCAUGUAAUCAAGAAUAUCCAUAUAUGAGAUUUCAGAGUUUUAUGGAAUUGCCUCAAUAGCCUAUUCACAGUAGUCUCCACAUGAAUCCUUCGAGAAACGCAGAGUACAAAAAAUAUAGAAGGGGAAGGAAAUGAAACCCUACAAUUUUCAGCUUGACUUAACUUACUCAUCAGGUGCCAGGGAGGAGGCAAAGGUUGGGUUGAUAAAGUUUUCACAAAACAGCAGUGUAUUAUCAUCAGGAAAGCACACAUCAGUAAAUAAAAGCAGGGUCUUUGCAUAGGUCAAACCCUGCAUCGUGUAGCUGUUCAGAGCUGCAUAGAAUGUCGCUGCCAGCCAUUCCCUAUUGACAACAACUUCUCCUGUAAAAGAAAAUGUAUACAAGAUUUACAAAAUGUUUUCAGUUUACCAAACCUUUAAGGCAGAGGUAAACUGCUCAAGAUAAGCCAUGUUCCAAAUGCAAGCUUUUCCUGUUAAUGUGUGAACUUUCAUUUGUGAAAUGCCAAAUACCCAUUGCUUGAAUCUAUUUGCUACACAGGUAUGAUGGUUGUUCAAGCCCAUGGAAAAUGGUAAUGGCAUAAGGAGGUUGGCAGUAUUUGCCUUCUCCUUCAAUUAAUAUUCAUUUACUGUAUUUAAUCUAAGAUAUCAAUGAUUAUGAGACACUAAUUUCAGUGUCACCAACAGAAAAAAACUUUAUAUACUUUUAAAAGCACCUGCGAUUCUAAGACACACACAUUUUUAAAGAUGCUUAUAUGGGGAGGGAAGCACAUCUUAGAAUCAAAGAAAUACACAGUAUUUGUGUAGUAAAACAAAGCAGAAAUGAAUUCCAGUUCUGAGUCAGUUGCCACUUCAGGACCACAAACGGGAGAGCUGCCAGUGCUAUUAUGCAAGUUCUUUAGUUGUAUGGAGAGGUUUUUUUGCAGGAAAGAAGCAGUAUUACAAAUAUGGCUUCUUUCACCAUCCCUACCAUCUCUUUGUUUUGUCUAUAUCCGUCAGGCCCCAGAGGCCUGUAUUGUUGGAGGCAGCAUUUUUAAAAUUGCUGAGAUUAUGUCUUUCUGGGUUACAAAGGAGGAAAUGACUAAUUAAGACAGGGGUGCAGAUGAUAAGCUGAGAAAAAUAAUAUUUACAGUGAAGAAAAAUGAAAAUUAAAAGACAGUGGGAUCUGGAGAGACAAAAACAUAGUCCAUGAACAAAAAAAAAAAGAUUUAACAGAUAAUAAAAAAGAAAAAUAGAUAAAAAUUACAGUAGAGUCUCAUUUAUCCAACAUUCGCUUAUCCAACGUUCUGGAUUAUCCAAUGCAUUUUUGUAGCCAAUGUUUUAAUGCAUUAUGAUAUUUUGGUGCUAAAUUUGUAAAUACAGUAAUUACUAUGUAGCAUUACUGCAUAUUGAACUAUUUUUUCUGUCAAAUUUGUUGUAUAACAUGAUGUUUUGGUGCUUAAUUUGUAAAAUCAUAACCUAAUCUCUCCUUAUUAUCCAACAUAUUCGCUUAUCCAACAUUCUGCUGGCCCGUUUAUGUUGGAUAAGUGAGACUCUACUGUACAAUAAAAAUGUCCAAUUGUGGCAGAAGUUGUAAUGUGGGCUCUAAUUAAAAUCUACAUGAAAGUCUGCAUUCUUUAAUUGGUGCACCUUAAUACAGAGUUUGUGAGCUAACAUUUUUCAGUUGCUUCCUGCCAAAUAAAACAGUAAGAUCAAUGCCAUCAUCACUGUAAGCUAAUUAGAAAAAUCCAGAGAAGUAUGCCAGCAAACCAUGCUUUAUGCUCUUGAAAUGACAUCAAUUAACUGUAUCAACUAUAUAACACUGAUGGACCACAAAUGAAACAAACUGUUGAUGAAGAGAAAAGAUCCUUCAGUAAAUAUAUUACAGACAGCAUGCUAAUAGAUGUCAGGAGAGAGAAUGUAUAGAACACUGAAGACCCUGAAACCUGGCAAAGAAAAAAAAACACUACCUGGUAAAUUUAUUAAAAGUAUGGAAGUAUUUGGAAAUGAUUAUAGAAAAAAAACCAGAAUCAGCAUAGUGUAGUGUUUUAAGAGUUUUACUAGGACUCUGGCAGAUAGAGAGCUGGCAUUAUAGAAUAGGACAUCGGAAAAAAGAAACAGAAGAACGUAUGUUUAGAGCUCAAAAGAAAAUAGUAUUCAAGAUUGGAAAAAUAAAUUUUAUUUAUGCACAGAGAAGAAUGCUUAUUAUUGUUGAUGUUAUUUGUACAUAAGCUGCAAAGUUAAGAACAGAAUUCACCUACUUAUUGGGUUACAGGGACAUGUUGCCUGGAUAACAGCUGGAUCGUUGAGGGCUUCCACAACUGUUCUGCUUGCUAACCAGAUGUCAAAAAGAUCAGUUUCCACAAAUUUGUAUUGUGGCCUUAAGAUUGAGUUAAAAGAAAGAAGUUGCUUCAGCCUGAAAGUAAACAAGAGUGAAGUAAAUCACAUGGCUCAUUUCUACCAAGGAAACAGGUAGAAGAGGAAGAUGUACAUAUGUAGAAUAACACAAAGCCUACUGUAUGGGAAAUUGUCUCCAAAUAGUUCUAGCAAUUUCCAUAUGGACUAAAGAGUUAUGUAUAAAUUAGACCUGCAAAAUAUGCAGAUAAACAUAUUUUACAUUGAGUAAAGAACACAUGCCAUAAUAAAUAUCUAAAUGCAACUUGCCCGGUGCUUGGUUCUGCAUUACAUUUGAUAGAUCAAGGAUAGAGUGGAUCAAGCAAAAAAUGCUAUAUUGAUUGAACUUUUUAAAGUCAUCUUGAAGGGACAAUUUCCAAUCAUGGAAGUGUGUGAUAUGGGACUUUUUAAGCUCAGUUUGUGGUGCACAACAUAAAAACAUUAUCUCCUUAGUUGUGAUUGAAUUCUGUUUUGAAGUUUUAUGCAAAUACGGAACCAGGAGUCAACUAUAUAAACAAACUUACUGUGGGAUUGUGCCAACAUUAUAAUUUAAUUAAAAAUGCUUUUUAUUUACA